AAUAUAAAAAAAUUUAAUCAAAUUUCAUAUCACUCAUCUCUCUCUCUCUCUCUCUCUCUCCCAAGCUCACAGAGAGAUAAUAGUCCCGUUUUGAAUCUUUCUUCAGUACCGAAAAAACUCGCCGCCGGCCAUGACUCUCCAGCUCCAAGCCCCGUCGUUCGGCGCCACCAUUUCCUCGCUCCCUUCUCCUCUCACCCGCUCCACCCUCCGCUUCGUAAUUCGAGCUCAAGUUGAACCGACUGAGAAGUCUGUUGAGAUUAUGAGGAAGUUUUCGGAGCAGUAUGCUCGUAAGUCCGGGACAUAUUUCUGUGUUGAUAAGGGUGUCACUUCUGUGGUUAUCAAGGGAUUGGCAGACCACAAAGAUUCAUUGGGUGCACCACUUUGCCCUUGUCGGCAUUACGAUGACAAACCGGCAGAGGCUGGCCAAGGCUUUUGGAACUGCCCCUGUGUUCCCAUGAGGGAAAGGAAGGAAUGCCACUGCAUGCUCUUUCUCACCCCUGAAAAUGAUUUUGCUGGACAAGAUCAGACCAUCACCUUGGAAGAGAUCAGAGAAUCAACGGCAAACAUCUAAUAAGCUUCAAUGUGUAUUGAAAAUUAUGUAUAAACUGCCCACUUAUGUAUUUGAUAAAAGGAAAAGAGUAAAAGAGUUCAUCUUUUAAUGUCUCAAA